CAUAAUCAAAAAGGUGUUUGUCCGAAAAUCAGCUCCAAAAACACCAACAAAGAAAAACCCGCGUCCGCAUAUCUCUAGAUUUCUCCUCCAAUCAAAUCACUGGUACACCUGUGAGUCACUUCCUCUCUCUAGCCCCCCGAGUUUCCUCCACUCUCUUUCCUCUUCUCUUUAGGGCUUUUCUUCUUGUCUCACUUUCUCAACUUAAAUCCUGUGGUAUUACCACAAAUGGAGUGGUUUUAGAUCACUUUUCGUCAAUGCUGGAUCUGUUGAGGCCUCUUCAUGUUUCAACUGCUGAAGUACCAAGGAUGAAAUCCCCUCUCGUUCCACUUGGGACCUUGAUUGGUCGUGAGCUUAGGAACGAGAAGGUUGAGAAACCUUUUGUGAAGUAUGGACAAGCUGCUUUGGCAAAGAAGGGAGAGGAUUACUUUCUGAUAAAACCUGACUGCCAGAGGAUUCCUGGGGAUUCAUCAACGUCUUUUUCUGUCUUUGCGAUUUUUGAUGGACAUAACGGUAUAUCAGCUGCCAUCUUUGCUAAGGAGAACUUAUUGGAUAAUGUUUUGAGUGCAAUUCCCCAGGAAAUCAGUCGGGAAGAGUGGCUUCAAGCCCUUCCUAGAGCUCUAGUAGCAAGUUUUGUGAAAACUGACAUAGAAUUUCAGCAGAGAAGGGAAACUUCUGGGACAACUGUGACGUUUGUUGUGAUAGAUGGGUGGACUGUAACUGUUGCUUCUGUGGGGGAUUCACGAUGCAUCUUGGAUACCCAGGGGGGUGUAGUUUCCCUCUUGACAGUUGAUCACAGGUUAGAAGAGAAUGCAGAAGAGAGGGAGCGUGUAACUGCAAGUGGGGGUGAAGUAGGAAGGCUAAAUGUUUUUGGGGGCAAUGAGGUUGGUCCCUUGCGCUGCUGGCCAGGUGGAUUAUGUCUUUCUAGGUCAAUUGGAGAUACAGAUGUUGGAGAGUUUAUUGUUCCAAUACCGCAUGUCAAGCAAGUGAAGGUGGGAUCAUUUUCUCUUGUUGGUGAUGGAUUUGUCACUUUUUUUUCAUUAUUUGUUAAAUUUAUAAAAGUUUUUUUUCUUGUUAUCCAGCUAUCAAGUGCUGGGGGAAGGCUUAUUAUUGCUUCUGAUGGUAUCUGGGAUGCAUUAUCAUCUGAUGUGGCUGCAAAGUGUUGUCGGGGUUUACCUGCUGAGCUUGCUGCCAAGUUGGUGGUUAAGGAAGCUUUAAGGUCAAGGGGGCUGAAGGAUGAUACAACAUGCCUUGUUGUUGAUAUUAUCCCAUCUGACGUUCCUGUCUUACCUUCUAUACCAAGGAAGAAGCAAAACAUGCUUAAUUCACUUCUGUUUGGAAAGAAAUCUCUAAAUUCUGUUAACAAAGCAACAAAUAAGCUUUCUGCUGUUGGAGUGGUAGAGGAGUUGUUUGAAGAGGGUUCUGCUAUGCUUGCUGAAAGGUUGGGUAAAGAUUUUCCUUCAAUCACAAACUCUGGGCUAUAUAGAUGUGCCGUAUGCCAAAUCGAUCAAACCCCCACUGACAGUUUAUCAGUAAACUCAGGGUCUUUUUUCUCACCUGGAUCAAAGCCAUGGGAAGGACCCUUCCUCUGCCCUAACUGUCGAAAAAAGAAAGACGCCAUGGAAGGGAAAAUACCGAGCAGACCUAUAGUGACUGCAUAGCAAAUCAUCUGGUAACAGAGUAAAUAUUUAUAUUUUUUGGCUGGAAGUGUGAGCAUGAAGCAUGCUUGGUUUUUGCUUUCUGGUACUGAUUGUAAUAGAUGUAUGAGAAAUGAGGUGGUGAUAUAGUGCCUAGGUGUUUUGUUUUACAAUUGGUUGUGUCAACUCUGGUUUUUUUCCAGCUUUGGUUAACCUGACAGAGGACAGAGAUGUCACCUGAUAGAUAUGUUUGUGAUAGUUUGAUUGCUAACAGCUUGAUGAUGUAAGUAAAAAUGAAGGUUGCAUAGUGAUGUGCUCAUCGCAGCAGCUAAUUUAUUGUGACCA